AGCGAAGCUCGAUUUUAUUUUAUUUUUAACGCCAAGAAAUUACAACAUGGUAACAAUUUACCGGACGCCGAGGCUUCCUCUUUCAUCUCUAGAGCCCUACUCUCAUACUUCCUCUCUGAAACCUAAACCUAGCGGAUCUCUACUCUAAUGGAGUUCAGAUACCGAGCUGGAGACGCGAGGAACUACUCCUCCACUACUGGCUACUUCGCUGAGCAGGCUCUUCGAGCCGGAAUCGGCACCGGGAGCUCCGGCUUCGCCCCGCCGGUGAUGACGUCAAGAGCGGAAACCCUGAUGGAGGAGCUCCGGCGGGAGCGGAUGAGAGAGGAGAUCCUUGCGAGAGAGAUCGCUCACAAUAGAAUGAUGGAGGAGGAGAUCAGGAGGGAAUUGGAGUUCGAGAGGCAAAUGGCGAUGAGAAGAUUUGGAGAAGAGGAGAGAUUGUUGCCGUUUGGGAUUGAGUCUAGGGUUGGCAUCGGAAUGGGAGAGAGAUUAGGGCCUGGAUUUAUGCCGGAGAGGGAGAGAUCGCUGUCUCGUGGGAGGGAGAAGGUUCGAGAUUGGGAUGUUUGGGAGUUUGAGAGGCCACCUGUACCGAGGAAAUCCGAGGUUGGAAAGGCGAAGCUCACGGAGCUUCUUUCGAAGACAGGAAGCUCGAGCUCAAGGAAUAAUAAUCUCUCAAAUCACCAAGUAUCUGGAGUUAAGAGAAAGGCGGCCAGUGAACUCCCUCAGCCCACUAAGAAAGAGUGGACCUGUUCACUGUGCAAAGUGACUGCCACUAGUCAGAAGAACUUGAACAAACACCUUCAAGGUAAGAAGCACAUAGCGAAUGCAGCACAACUCACUAACAGCAAAUCAACAUCCAAUAAAUCAAGCACCUCUUCAAUGAAAAAGGAGGGUGAUGCUGACUUGCCCCUCAACCUAGAAGACAGCAUUUCAGAUGAGAAAGCUGCGGAGAAAAUGAACACAGAAGGGAAAAAGAAGCAGCAUAGUAGGCCAAAAGUCCUGCGAUGUGAUAUAUGCAGAGUGCAAUGCAAUACCCCGGCUAUGUUAGAUUGUCAUCUCAAGGGGAAGAAGCACAUGGCUCAGCUGAAUUCCAGGAAAGGUGAUGAUGUGGUUGGUGCCGGCGCUACUGAAGUGGUGAAGGAAGUAACAGUGCAGCAGAAACGAGAAAAGGAGGCACAGGAAGAAGGUAACGCUGAAGCAACAAAUCUGAAGAAGGUGAAAACAGAGGUUAAGGCAGAAGAUGAUGCAGAAGAAAAUGGUGAGGAAGCAUUUCCAAAGGAAAUUUGAUGUGAUGUCCUAUAAUACCUUCGCUGAUAUGGUCUUAGAAUUAGGUUGAAUGUCUUUUCUCGAGACAGAUUACGUUUGAUCUUGUACGAUUUUAGCACCUGCAUUCGAUCUUGCGACUUGUGUGCCCCUUGCGGUUAAAGAUUAUUAAGCAUCAGAGUGGCAUGUGGUUGCUCUGUUUAUGUUGUAAUUGUAGCUGUCCAAAGUCGAUGACUUAGUAGCCCUAUCUUUAUUUUCGUGGUGCGCAUGGUUUUCAGUGCAUUGUACAAAAUUGUUGGCAAGUAUAUAAUCUUGUAUUUAACUGGUGGUAGAACUGAAGUCUUCUUGAGUUUGUGGAAACUUGGCAACAAUAAUGCUAGAUGUAUGUGAAUGAGUAAAUGUAAUUUCUAUGCUUCAAUGA